AUGGACGAAUUCUUCGUCCAACUCGCCAAAGAGCGCCCCCAACUGACACACGAGGACAUUCGUAACGCAGCGCAACGUCUUCCGUUCAAACAGCACAUGCUGGACGCCAUUCGACUCGCAGUGGAUGACUUCGGAGCCACAUGCAAGAUCGUGAGUGACUCCACGGUCUUCGGCGUUCAGAGCUUUCUCGAACGUCACGAUCUGGUCGGUCGAGUGAGUGAGGUGGUGGCCAACCCGACGCACUUUGAAGACGGAGGCAAAGUGUUGAGAGUGAGGCCUAACCAGGGUGACCAUGUCGCUCCACAUGGCUGUCAAGACUGCGCCACCAACUUGUGCAAAGGUGUUGUGCUGGAUCGGAUCCUGCAGCAACAUCGGUACUCAAGAGGACGACGUCGUGUUUGCUCGCAGGACAUCCUCGCCUACUUCCGAAGCUUUUUCUAUCGUCAAUACCCUGAAUGUCGUCAACCAAACGCUAGCGACACGUUGAUCUACGCUGAGCAGGACGGAAACUUUUCGGUUCCCACCCCAAUGCCUCGAGAAACCGGAGAACUGCUGGUGGUUUUCGAUUUUGACGACUCGUUAGUGAACGAGGACUCGGAUGUGUUCGUGUUCGGGUCGCUCCACCCAGAGUUGUGUCAAACAGUGUAUGAACGACACGCUAAGAAGCCGAUAUGGCCGAGCGUGUUCGAUGAUAUGCUCCAGGUUUUGUCGAGCGAGAAGCCUCACGUGACGCCUGAGUUGAUUCGUGACGCGGUGGCCCAGAUUCCGAUCCAAGCUCGUAUGAUUGACGCUAUCCGUAUGGCAGUGGAAUUGUUCGGUGCGGAGGUCAAAGUCAUCAGCGACGGCAACACAUUCUACAUCGAGAGUAUGUUGCAACAUCGAGAGUUGAGUGAACACGUCAAGGAAGUGUUUGCCAACCCUGUCGAGCAUGAAACCUUAGACGAUGGACGCACCAGACUUCGUAUCCGUCCGUACCACGCCGAUCAUCUCGAUCCACAUGGAUGCACGUGGUGUCCUACAAACAUGUGCAAAGGCAGCAUUUUGGAUUCGAUUCGCAACGGGAAAUCCUACUCCCGCGUGAUUUAUAUUGGCGACGGCACUGGAGACUUCUGCCCGGCAUCUCGCCUAACAGAGAAUGAUGUGGUGCUUGCGCGGUCACACCUCGUUAAUGGGAAUCCGUACGGUUUACAGAGAAGAAUCAACGAAAACCCUGGUGUCGUACACGCUCCCGUCGUGUCUUGGAGCACAGGAUACGACAUCUACCGUCGAUUCGCUCAGUUCUGUCCGUCUCCGUACGUCAUUCCUCGUGUAACCCCGCGAAUCUCCGGCAGCGUUUUGGUCGUGUUUGAUUAUGACUGGUCGUUGGUCAACGAGAACUCGGACACUUUCAUCUUCCAGCAAUUAUAUCCCCAACUUCUUGAUACAUUGCGGGAACGACGCAAGACGCAGCCAUCGUGGACGAAGAUCAUGGACGAUAUGCUUGGCGUGCUAGCAGAAGACAAAGCGAACAUUACUUCGGACACGAUACGAGCCACAGUGGCCCGUGUUCCUAUUCAAACGCACAUGCUGGAUGCUCUUCGUCUCGCUGCUGAGAUACACAGCGCCGACGUCAAGAUUGUCAGUGACGCGAACUCUGUGUACAUCGAGAGUAUGCUGGAACAUCAUGGCUUGACACAGGAUGUAAGCGAGGUCAUCACAAACCCCGCUUCAUUCGAGCUAGAGGAGAAUGGGUGCAGUCGUCUUCGUGUCCGUCCGUACCAUGGAGUAGCGUAUGAACCUCAUGGCUGUAAAUGGUGCCCCACGAACAUGUGCAAGGGUCGAAUUGUUGACAUCCUGCGUAAUACACAUUCAUACACGUCUGUGCUGUACGUUGGCGAUGGCUCGGGCGAUUUCUGCGCAGCGACGCACCUGACAAAGAAUGAUGUCAAGCGAAUUGAUAGCAAUGCUGAAAUGGUGAAGGCGGCUGUGGUUCCCUGGAGCACGGGCGACGAUAUCUAUCGUCACUUUGCGCAGUUUUUUCACGCGCCACCUCAGUGA